GGUCUGGGCGGCGGAGGGAGAGCGACCUGGGUGUGGAGUGUGGAGGGCAGCUGGGUGCAGACCUCCUGUGCGGCGGCCUUACGUGCCCUGAAGGAGUUUGUGACGGGCCGAGGGGGCCGGUUGUGUGUCUUCCUUCUAGGCGGGUCGUGGGCGAAGGGCUUGAAUCACACUUUGGUCUGUGACUGCCUCUCUUGGGCUGGAUGAAAGGGGCCCUCCCGAGCGUGCGGCGUUUAUUUGGGGAUCGCGCUGCCGAAGGCGGGGGCAGGUUGGCUCUGCCACCCCGGCGGCGAAUUGCACAGACUUCUCCUGACCCGCUUCGUUGCGGGGAAGGUUUGCUCAUGGAUCGCUCCAGUUCUUGACUACUUACUUUGGGAGUUCUCUCUGUGUUGUGGAAGAUUGAUAAUGGACUCUAAACCUUCAAGGAUUCCAAGAAGAAUUUCUGUUCAACCCUCCACCUCUUUAAGUGCUAGAAUGAUGUCUGGAAGCAGAGGUAGUAGUCUAAAUGAUACCUAUCACUCAAGAGACUCUUCAUUUAGACUGGAUUCUGAAUAUCAGCCUUCAUCAGUAUCCGCAUCUGCAUCACCUUAUCAGUCUGCAUGGUAUAGUGAAUCUGAGAUAACUCAGGGUGCACGUUCAAGAUCACAAAAUCAGCAGCGGGAUCAUGAUUCAAAAAGGCCUAAACUUUCCUGUACAAACUGUACAUCUACCUCAGCUGGAAGAAAUAUUGGACAUGGUCUGAAUACAAUAUCAGAUUCUUCUUGGAGGCAUAGUCAAGUUCCCAGAUCUUCAUCAGUGGUACUUGGAGCAUUUGGAACUGACUUAAUGAGAGAGAGGAGAGAUUUAGAGAGGAGAACAGAUUCCUCCAUUAGUAAUGUUAUGGAUUAUGGUCACCGAAGUGGUGAUUUCACAGCUUCAUCGUAUGUUCAAGACAGAGCUCCUUCAUAUUCACAAGGAGCAAGGCCAAAAGAGAACUCAGUGAGUGCUUUACAAUUGAAUGCAUCAUCCACAAACCCCCAGAUGCCUUCUGAACAUGCCAUACCAUAUUCUAGGGACUCCAGAAGAAAUUCUUUAAGAUCAAAUUUUUCUCCCAGAGAAUUGGACUCUUCCCCAAACAGUACUCAGCCUGGAUUUUCUUAUAUUUCAAAUAGAGAUGAAACUUCAACCAUAGGCAGUUCAGUUAGAGCUGGUUCAUCUCAAAGAUCAUUUCAAGAAUCUUCUGACAAUGAUGGCAGACGUACAACCAGGAGACUACUGUCACGAAUAGCUUCUAGUAUGUCAUCUACUUUUUUUCCACGAAGGUCUAGUCAGGAUUCCUUGAAUACAAGAUCAUUGAGUUCUGAAAAUUCUUACAUUUCUCCCAGAAUCUUAACAGCUUCACAAUCUCGUAAUAAUAGUACAGCAUCAACUUCUGAUGUUUCAGAUCAUAGGGUAUCUGAAACUUCUCAGGGAUUUCGAUUUCUUAGACGAAGAUGGGGGUUGUCAUCUCUUAGCCAAAAUCAUGGCUCUGAGCCUGAUUCAGAACAUCUUAACCAAGAAUCUGAAAGUAGAAGUACAGGACCAUGGUUAUCUUCUUCACUUAGAAAUAGAUGCACACCCUUGUUCUCUAGAAGGAGACGAGAGGGACGAGAUGAAUCUUCAAGGAUACCUACCUCUGAUAUAUCAUCUAGGUCACAUCAUAUUUUCAGAAGAGAAUCAAAUGAAGUGGUUCACCUUGAAGCACAAAAUGAUCCCCAUGGGGUUGCUGCCAACAGACCACAUGCAUCUGCAGCAUCAAGCAGUGCUGCUACAGGUGGCUCUACUUCAGAUUCAACUCACAAUGGAAGAAAUACAGGAUUAACAGGGAUACUUCCUGGUUCUUUAUUCAGAUUUGCAGUCCCCCCAGCACUUGGAAGUAAUUUGACCGACAAUGUCAUGAUCACUGUAGAUAUUAUUCCUUCAGGUUGGAAUCCAUCUGAUGGAAAAAGUGAUAAGACUAAAAUUGCACCUUCAAGAGACCCAGAGAAGCUACAGAAAAUAAAAGAGAGCCUUCUUUUAGAGGAUUCUGAAGAAGAAGAAGGUGAUUUGUGUAGAAUUUGUCAGAUGGCAGCUGCAUCAUCAUCUAAUUUGCUGAUAGAGCCAUGCAGGUGCACAGGAAGUUUGCAGUAUGUCCACCAAGAAUGUAUGAAAAAAUGGUUACAAGCCAAAAUUAACUCUGGUUCUUCACUAGAAGCUGUAACCACCUGUGAACUCUGUAAACAGAAGUUGCAGCUUAACUUGGAGGAUUUUGAUAUUCAUGAACUACAUAGAGCUCAUGCAAAUGAACAAGCUGAGUAUGAGUUCAUCAGCUCUGGUCUCUACCUAGUUGUGUUACUGCACUUGUGUGAACAGAGCUUUUCUGAUAUGAUGGGAAAUACAAAUGAGCCAAGCACCCGUGUCCGGUUUAUUAACCUUGCAAGAACUCUUCAGGCACAUAUGGAAGAUCUCGAAACUUCAGAGGAUGAUUCUGAAGAAGAUGGAGACCAUAACAGAACAUUUGAUAUCGCCUAACUUCAUAAUAAGACAAAUGGAUGAUCUGUGAACAAGUGUUUAUUAAAACUGGCAAUUAAGUAUGAAUUAAUUUUGGGGGGGAAUGCCUAUUGCAUACAUUAACUAUAUAUAAUGAAUAUAUAUACACAUGUAUAUGCAUAUAGAUUCAUUUUCAAGUGUUGCUCAAUUAAAUUUGUGCUACUGGACCUUUUAAUGUGGCCAGUGAAUCUGAUGCUUAUCAACUGGUAAUCUAAAGUAUUUUUCUUUCAGGUGAGUGAGGAAAGUAUUACCCUUGUUUUAAAUAUCUAAGCAAUGCUGACAACCUACUUUUGUGUUCUGAUUACCAUAGGCAUAUUUAUUUUUUAAAAAAAUUUGUGUUUUUGUCUCUUGCUAGUGAAAAAAGUGGAACAGAAUAUGUUUUUAAAAUGUCAAAUGGCACCUAAUUAUUUUUCCUUUUAAAAAUGCCUUAAGUUGCAAUGUCAUUUUCAUAAUCAUUUACUUCCAGUGUUUAAAAAUGGGGAAGGGAGAAGAGUUGUAAUGAACAUUGUAUUAGGUUUCCAAAUUUAAUUUGAAUUUUAAAUUCACUUAGCAGUAUAAUCUUAAGUCUUAAAUAAAAUAAAUAAAUAUUAGAUGUGUAAAUGAUGGAUAAAUUUUUCUGUUGAUUUAUAAAAUGGGGAUUAUAUUUGAUAGGCCAUAGUAUGUUGAUAUUCCUUCUAGGAAUAUUACAGCUGUAAAUUAUAUUGGAAUUGCCAGUCAGCUGUUAUUUGGCAAAAGAAAAAAAAUUACAGCAAUCUCAAGUUAAUGUAAUAUUUUUCAAAUCUACAUUCAGAGUUUAAAAGCACUGGUUUUCAGUGUGUUUUUUUAGCAUUGUCUGUGACUUCUUUAUAGAUAAAUGUGAUAAAAAUAGCCUGUUUGGAUCCUGUUCUUUUUUAACUGUUCUUUGCUAAAUCUUAUUUGAUGAUUUAUUUUUCAUUAAUUUUGGAGAACAGAUCACCAUGAACUAAUUUACCAGUAAAUCUACACUGUUGUCAUGUGUUAUAUAUACUUCCAUAGCUUUAUUUCUUCUGUCAAUACCAGUGGGAUCCACUUAACACCUUCUGAUGGUUUCUGGUUAAAUAAAGUCUUAUGGCAACAAACUACUUUUUCAAAACCCAGAUUGAAACCAUGUAAUAUCUAAAAUAUGAAUCAACAAUUUGCCCACAUUUAGUCAUUUUGUUGCUCUUAUGUAAAACUUUGGCUCUAAAUAAAGUGCAUACUUCUUGAUUUACUUUAGAGUUUGAACUCUUUCCUUUUAAACUGGUGCUUAAAGAUGUCACCGCUUGUAUAUAAAAAAGAAUGUUGAAAUUUAAGACCCCAUUUCAUGUAAUAUAAAUUUCUAAAAUAUUUGCUCAACUUGCUUUUUUGCACUGACUUAAAGCAAAAAAUAUAAAAUUUAAGGAUGUCAGUCUCGUUAUUUUCUGUUCUUAGGAAUGUUCUGAAUGGGAACACAAAUAUUUAAUAAAACAUCGUACAGAAGUUGUUUUCUACCUAAUCAGUGUUUUUUAUUUUUAAAAAAUUAAAUGAUAAGGAAACAUUCCUAUGGUAUGCAUACAAAUUUGUUAUAUUAAAAGGCAUACACAGCAAUUUCUUGAAUUUUAUAAUAUCCUUAAAGUAGGUUAGUACUGUUCUAAUAUUUUAGUAUCAUUUAGUGCUGCUUCAUCUUUCAAUACUAUGUUAUCUUCUGAUACUCUUGUUUAUGUGAAUUUGAAAAAAAAAAAUCUGUCAUUGCUUAUUUUAAACUCUGAAGAACAAACCACAACAAAGAGUGAAAGUUCUUAACAGAAUGCAGUUAAUGUUACUCAAGGUAGUUGUCAAAGUUUAGGAAUUAAAUUACUACCUGAAACCAAGAUGUAAGCAAUUUCUGUACUCUGAAUGAAAGAAAAUCAUGUUUGCUGUUGUUAAUAUUAAAAAUAAAUACAGAUUUAAAUGA